AGGAGGGAUCCCUCUCCCAGGACGGACAGACGUCUCUACGACUACAAAAACUUUUCCAGAAAACACAGAGAGGAAAAGGAUACUCAUUUACUUUGCUGACCUCUCCCAGUCAGGAUGUUUACCGGUUUCCUCUUUCUGCUCCUCCUCACAGCUGUAUACUUUUUUCUGUCAGGUGGAAGUACCAACAAUAACUCAAAGGACGACAAUAACAACGGUGGAAGUUCCUGGAAUACCACAGAGCUUCAGGAUGAUCUUAAAUCAAAUCACAGCUUUGAAGCAAGUGGAGAAACAUUCAAUAACUCGGAACAACAAGAGCUUAUUGGCCAACGCUCCCAUAAGGAUAAGGACAAUGAUCACAGUAAGAAAAGUGCAUUCCCCUAUGAAGAUGUUUUAAACUGCCUGAACCUAACCGAAAACAAGGACAAGUUGGUCCGACCUGCCAAACACUUCAAAAAACCAACAUGGGUCUAUCUCCAAAUGGCAAUUAUGGCAAUUCUAGAUGUGAAAGAGGUUGACCAGACUUUCAUUUCUUUCGCUGUGAUUUAUAUGAAAUGGGAAGAUCCACAUAUUUAUUGGAAACCACAAAACUUUGGUGGCCUUGAUAAGAUGAGAGUGCCUGCUGAUUUGUUGUGGAAGCCAGAUCUCAUGAUUGAAGAGAUGAUAGAGAAGGACAAGGCUGUUCCAAAUCCCUUCAUCACCAUUCACUCAAACGGCUUCGUUGAACAUGUGAGGGACCUUAUGGUGGUCAGCACGUGCAAGAUGCAAAUUUACAAAUUUCCUUUUGAUAUUCAGAGCUGCACAUUGUCUCUCAAGUCUAUCGUUUACCCAGAGGAGGAGUUGAGGUUUGAAGUCAUAGACGACAGUACACUGAUAACGGAAUGGACUCGCCAAAUGAUGAGGAACGAGUCUGAGUGGUUUCUCAUCGACAUUACAGUCAAGGACAAAUCUGUCUCACGUUGUUUUGAAAAGCAAAGCGUUCUAAUUUAUACUAUCAGGAUGAAGAGGCAUUCUGCCAUCUACAUCGCCAACUUCUUAGUGCCCAUCCUGUUCUUCUUCUGUCUGGACUUGGCCUCCUUCCUGAUGUCGGACAGUGAGAGGGAGAAGGUCAGCUUCAAGGUCACUGUUCUGCUCGCUGUCACUGUGAUGCAGCUUAUUCUCAACGACAUUCUGCCUUCCUCUUCAAACAGGAUACCGCUUAUAGCGGUGUACUGGAUUGGGAUGUUUGGUUUGAUGAUGGUCAGCCUUCUGGAGACGAUGUUGGUGAUGUAUCUGAUUGAGAAAGACUCUGCAUCUAAAGAAAAAAAGGCAGAUAAAAACCGCAGCCUGAAUGUGAAGAAAUGGACUCACUGUGCUUGUGUGUGUAAUGUGUCUGAUGAACCGCCAUCUGAACUGCUGUCUGUGACCAAAGAGGACAAAAGAAGCCAACUGAUGGAGGAGUCCAAUUCCUUGGAGAAGCUCCCAGAUGAGCUGAGUGAGGCGGUGAAAGCACUCUCUCUGCUCCUCAGCAGGAAGGAAGAAAGGAAGCCUGACUACUGGACCAGGGUGGCUAAAAAAUUGAACAUAAUUUUCUUUUUUGUCUAUGUCACAGUGUCCGCUCUGUUUUUGGGUGUCAUCUUUUCAUUAUGGAUCCAUGCAAACGACGAGUAGUGGUAAACAAUUGGGGUCUAUUCAGAAACAUGUUUGUUUUACUAAACCGACUUGUAUCUUUGCAAGUUUGUCACCAGAGAGAAUUUAUUAUACAUUCUUCUACUGAAGGCGGCAAAUGUCUGUGGAAUAAACUUGCAAAACUAAGAUUAAAUGUAUUUCGGGCCAGCUAGAUUAAGUCUGUCACAAAUUCAAAAGCCAAACAUAUCCACAGGGAAACAGUCUACUACAUUAACUAUUGCUUCAAACUGCGACUCCACCAAGUGCAAGCAGUGAUGCACAGGUCAGGGCCAGAUCCAGAAUUUCUCAAUCGCUUACCCAAACCCUUUCGAUCAUCUAAACUUUAUAUUGAUCAUAGCAACACAUUUUGACAAACUUUAAAACCUGUCUCAAGGCUGACUUGAUUAGAACAUUCCUUCAAUUAACAUGUUCUUUAACGCAUCUGUAGUCAGUUUCAAAUCUGUAGUUUAGGUUGGUUGGUCAGAACCAACGUUUUAACCAAAACUCAUUGUUAUUUUUAAGAGGGGGUCGAGGGUUCAACUGACUUGUUAGGAAUCAAUACAUGAACCCACAGGGGGAAAUCAUUAAUCAAAAGUUAUUUCUGAUUAAUAACAGCAAGUUAUGCUAUGCUCAAUAAAGAGUAUGCAACCAUAUAUUACUAUUAUAAAUGUUAACUUAAAAUGGGCAGACACUAGUAUGCACAAGCCUUUUAAUGUUGAUGUUCACUCAUAACACUGCAUGGAUCACUUGAACAGCCAUGGUGUAACCGUACAAAGAAGUAUUGUAAAUGUAAUGGCAUGUUCUCUUAAUUGUUGAACAUUAAGAGGCUUUCCAAUUCUGCAAGUGAGUGUUUCUUGUCUGUAGAUCUUGUGAGAACUGCGUGCACUCCCUCUACCUGUGCUGUCCCUAUCCUGUCAACUAUGUGCCCUUAUAUACAACCUUCUGCAUCUAAUCACCAGCCCUAAGUGUCUAGAAUAAUACUGCAUGAUAUAUCUAUCAUAAUAAUAUGACAUGGCAACAAUUAACAUAAAUAUCUCCUACAGUAAAGUUAUAGUAUUAUAUGACUUUAUAUUAUAUAUUGAAAACUGUGAGUGUUGCUUCUUUGUGGAAAUGCUAUGGAAACACUAUUAUUGAUUUAUCCACCAUACUAAACAAGUAUACUUUUAUUAAGGCUUUACAUUAGUAUUUUCUUCUAUAGUUCAAGUCAUUUGAGCUUGUUGUGGUUUAAAAACAAAUUAUAUCUGCAUGUGGAUUUCAGUACAUAAUGUAUUUACAUGAAAUAUUAAUCCUGCCAUCUUGUUCUAAAGCAUGUUAGACUUCAUACUAAUCAAAUAAAAAAUACAAACAAAAUGUUUUUUAUC